AAUAAUCCUGCUGAUUAGCAUAUGAGAACACUCAGAGGUGAAGGUCCUUUGAUCCCGUUGACUGACGGGCGGAGUAAUGACUGUGAUGAUGUGUCGGUGCUGCGCAGCAGGAAGUAACUCUCCCGGCUUCCUGCUGCGACCUUUCCUCUGACCUCACCUCCUCCCUCCUGCUUCCUCCCUUCCUCCUCCUCCUCCUCGUGGAGAAGGAGAGUUGAACAUGAGGAGCAGUGAAGCUUCGUUCUCCAGCUGCAGACCCGGUGAGACAGAUCAUUUCAUGUUUUACCGUUUUCUCUACCGACUCACAUGAAAGCAACAGACUGAAAGAGGUCAGUUGUUCUUCUCGUCAGUUAAACUCAGAACCGAACCCACCGGAUCCUGAACCAGUUCCAGACUUCCUGUUCCUUCCUGUUUGAGUUGAUCUUCUAGAACUGAGAUAAAACUUUGACAGUUUGUUGUGACAGCUUCUCAUUCGAAGUCGUAACUGAGUUUAACUUCUGUCCUCGUCCACGUUGAAAGCUCCUGAAGCUUUAAAACUCAUGAGCUCAGUUUGUUAACAGAACAUUGAAUUAUGAAGCAAACGAUUGGUCCACGUCCCAUCUGCCAACAUGGAGGAGAUGGAGUUGGUGACCUGUCCUGAAGCAAGUACCAAGAAGGUGAUGGAGCCGUCAGGUCGUCCAUCUUUAUUCAGCGUGCAGGAAGUGACGCAGCAGGUUCAGUCCACACAGGAAGUCUUUACCAUCCGGUUCAGAUCUGGAUCAACUGUUCACACUGAAAAUAAGAGAUGAAAUGAAAAGGGUUUGAACCUGAGGAGGAUUUAGUUUCUGUGGUUUGGUCUCAAGUUAGAGUUGAACAAUGAGAGCUCUGUUCUGUGUGUGUACGUGUGUUAUCAGUGUGUGUGUGUGUGUGUGUGUGUGUGUGUGAGUGUGUUUGUGUGCGGGUGUGUGUGUGUGUGUGUGUGUGGAGGCAGGUUGAGCUUCACGCUGCUCUUUCCUCAGUUUUCUGCAGAUCAACAUGACGGAAACACACAGAGUGACAGGAGCGACUAGGAGGAGAUGGGGGGUUCCACAGCGGAGUGUGGCUGAGGGGAGCAAAGCCAGCGUCCAAUCAGCUGAUCCCGAGGAUCACAGACGUCUGGUGGUUCCCUUCAGAGGUCACAUCUCUGGUGGGAUGGAGCCGGGGAAGAAGCUGGUGGUGGUGGGCGUGGUCGACUCCCGCCCUGACAGGUUCUACGUGGCCCUGACAUGUGGCCGCGGGACGUCCGGGGAGCCUCCGCCCGAUGUGGCCCUGGAGCUCUGCGUUCGAUUCCCAGACCGACAAGUGCUGCGGCGGGCGUGUGUGUCCGGGUCCUGGGGAGACGUGGACACAUCGGUUCCCUUCUUCCCCUUCAUCCGGGAGCAGCCGUUCAAGAUGGAGAUCCGGAGCGAGCGGAGCCGGUUCCGUGUCUUCGUGGACGGACAGAAGCUGUUUGACUUUCACCACCGACUCCCGGCGCUCGGCGAGGUCGACACGCUGUGGGUCAAAGGUCACGUCAGCGUCACCAAACUGGCGUGAGGGGGCGUCGCUGUCGAACACGAUCGACCAGGACGCGUCAUGUGAUGGUUCACACGGAGCAGAGCUUCUGAAAGUGACUGAGUUUAUUUACUUUAUUACAUUUACCUGAAGGUUUAGUUUCCUUUCAAACUGAGAUUUAGACACAGAAAACAAAAGGACCUAUGAAAUAUGAUGAUUUACUUUUGUUUAAAUUACAAACUACAAAAAUUUGUAAGUUUUAUGUGAUGAUUAAAUAUUUUUCUUGUUAAGUAUUUGAAUCCGUUUAGAUUUUGAGCUCCAGAUUAUCCACUGGACAAAUUCUUUAAUGUGAUUAAUGUAUAUUUAUAUAUAUAUUUUAAAAUAAAAUUAUACAAAAAUCAA